AUAGCGAUAUCGACUUGCAGCACCGUUUUUUACGGUCCGUACGUAUGAGAAGAGCGUGUACUUGUUCUACACUCUGGAGCGAAGGCCGUUUCUUUCUCCGCAUCCGGCGCGUAUGCUUGUGUUGACGGCAUCAGCAUGACGUUUACUUCCCCAUUCCAUCUGGUAAUAUCUUUAUGAAUUUGUUUUGCCUGAAAGACCAGCGGUCCCUCAGUGAUAUCUAAGUUAAUAUCUUCUCAACCUUCUUGCACAACUACUCUGGUCGAGCAUUUGCCGUGGUGUCGGAUAACACAUAUCAGAAUCUAUACAUCUUGUGGACGAAGACUUGUGGUUCUCCUCCCAACCUGCUCCUGCAUAGAAGGCGUGAGGGUAUCGGCUUUUUGAAUAUCAAAAAUGUCCCAGACUCAAGAUGACAAAAAGUCUCCUCGGACAGUACACUUCACGAAAGCCGUGGACGUCAAGACCGGCAAAGAUGGCCAAACUGAAGGAAUGGAACGACAAGCAGCAAUAGUCGGUAAAUCUCCCAGUAUUUGCGGAACUUUGAUGCGCGCCCACCCACAUUCAUCAUCGGCGGUACACCACCACGGCGACCAAGAUACGAUUGUGUAUGCGGUGAGUGGGCAUGGAGCAGUCGUCACGUCGAGUAAUGAUAAAGAUGGGGAUGAGAGACAGGUUCUCGCGCCGGGAGAUUGGGCUUUGAUCCCGGCGUACAGGGAACACCAGGAGGUCAAUGAGGGCGAGGAGGAGGUUGUUUGGGUCAUUGUACGGGCUCCUGGCGGCACUCCUGAGGUUGUGAAUCUUCAGGGGUGGGGAGAGAGUAGGAAAUGAGUCUCUCACGGUCGCGCGUUAAGAUUCAAGCUGUAUUGACCAGACAUGUCCUGACCAGUCCACACCAUGCGUGACCAGGGCGAUGCAGUUGGGUACAGUGACAGUGAGGCUCGAAUUUAAAGGGGCUGGCAAGUGGAACGAACUGCUGGGACAGACCUGGCGAAGCAGGAUAAGAAGAGGUUUGACAAGGGAAUC